AUGAAUGAAAUCAGUGAUACUGGUAUAAAAUUAAAUAUUGAUCAUGAUAGAAAUAUAGCAUAUAUUCGAUUUGAUAGAAAUUCAAGUAGAAGUACGUGUUCAUCAAUUGUUCUUAGUAGUUGUAGUAGUGAUGAAGGAAAUCAUGAUAAUCGUUCUACACCACCAUUACAAUGGAAAAGACAAGAAAUUUUGAAUAAUGAUCGUCAUCAUUCUGAACGUCUUCCCCAUGGUAAUGAUAUCCUUAAUAAUUUACAAAUCGAUCAAAAUUCUAUUAUGGCAGCAAAAGAAAAUGUUGCAGCUUCAUUUGACGAUGAACGACAAUCAAUAUCACGAAGACGUUUACCACCUAUACCGGAAGAUAAACUUCAUCGAAGAAAUCCACGUAUAGUUCGACAAGAACUUAACAUGUUCGAUGAUUUUCUACCUGAAACAACUCUAGCUGAUGUACAUCUUAAUGAAAUGCCCGGUCUUCAAAAUACAGAACAAUGGAAACGUAUUGCUGAUCGAACAGUUCAUUCAUCACCACCAUUAUCACGUCAAUAUUAUCAAACAGCUAUAUCAACACUUGAAUUACAAGAUGGACAAAUACCACAAUCAUUAGGUUCAUAUCGUCGACCAGGUCGUAGUGAAAAUGAACAAGAUGUACCAAGUACUGUGACAUCUCCAUGGCUGACAUCACGUCGUCGAAUAAUAUUUAGUUCAUCCGUUGCUGUUGUUAUUGUUGCUAUUAUAGUUACUGUUGUUCUUGCUGUAACAUUAAUUGGAAAAUCUAAUCAAAUAACAUCUAAUUAUUAUGAAGGAAGUAUUUAUGUUCGUGCAAAUUUUGAUCCAUUACUUUUAGAUCCAACAUCAACAUUGGCAAGAAAUUAUAAAAAAGAAUUUUGUACAUUAUGUAUAGCCAAUUUGAUUGCUAUCUACAACUAUCGAGAUAGAGUGUGCAUGCAACAAGUUCGAAGAACACUAGUUGAUAAUAAAACAAAAUAUGCUAGAUCUUAUUCAACUUGUAGUGUAAUUGCUUUCCGUAAUGGAAGUAUUAUUGCAGAUUUUGUUCUUGGAUUUACACGUCGACGCAAUGUAACACGUUUGAAUUUAUUUCUUAAUUAUACAUUAGUUAAUCAAGAAUUAUUUGGUGGAACAAUUUUAUCUAUAACAUUUAAUAGAACUGCAUUUAAUAUAAAUAAUAAUACAAAUACAACUCAAAUAGAUAAUAUUGAUGAUGAUGACGAUGAUGAUGACGAUGACGAUGAUGAUGAUGAUGAUGAUGAUGAUGAUUCAAUUAAAUCAGAAAAAAUUAUAAUGAAUGAACAAAAUUUAAUAAAUGGACAAGAACAAUCAACACAAACAUCAUUUACAACUGUUACAUAUAAAACACUUGAUAAAGGUUUGUCUAUAACUAUAUCCGAAACGAUAACAAUUACUAAUAAUAAUAAUUUUGAUAAAUUACCUAUUAAUAAUAAAAAUUAUGAACUUAUAUUAGUACCAACAACUGAUAAUACUAAAACUGUUAUUGUUCCUAAUAGUAGUACUAAUGAAAAAACUCCUUUACCACCACCACUACCUCCAACAACAACAACAACAACAGAUCUAGUAACCAAAUCUCCAUCUAGUCCUCAUCUUCUUCGACCAAUAAAACCAAUUAGUGAUACAAAUUUUGCUUAUAUUGAUGAUUCAAGUGAUGAUCGUACAAUAAGUUCAGGGAAUGCUACAUCAACUUUAGAAGAUAUAACAACUCGAGAUUCUUCUACAACAUCAGUAUCAACAACAUCACUUGAUAAUGAAACAGUAAUAAAUUCAACAUCAACUCUUGCUAAUAAUCUUGCAAUACCAACACCAGUAACAACAUCAAAUCAACCACUUAAUCAAAUUCGUACAAAACCAACAAAAAUUAAAGAUGAAAAUUCAAAUGAAAAAUAUACAUUUUCUUCACGUUCAAAUCCAAAUAUAAUCAAACGACAACGACGUCUUGUUACACCAAAAAAACAACGUCGUUUAUUACAAUAUGAAUUAAUGCCAACAGGAAAAAUUUAUUAUGUUGAUCGACCAUAUUAUAAUGAAGUAAAAAAAUCAAAAGAUGAUAAUGAUAGUAAUUCAAGUAUUCUACUUAGUACAAUUAUAUCUCGUUCAAGUUCAGUUGAUACAUUAAGUGAUAAACGUUACCGUCAUCAUCAUCAUCAUCAACAACAACAACAACAACAAAAUCGAAAAUAUUAUCCUAAUUUAUCAUUAAAAAAACCUGAACGAAAAUUAUCUAUUGCUCAAAGAUUAGCAUCAAAUAAUAAUUUACCAACAACAACAUCAUCACCAUUUAAACCAAUAUAUUCAAAUAUAAAAAAAAAA